CAUUGCUAAGUUUUGUUUUAUUCACGAUUUUCAACAUUGUAAGAUCGUCCAAGAAUACAUUUAAUAGAGUACAUUUACGUUAAAAGUAACAUUUUAAGGUUUACAUUUUUAGUGGUUGAUAAACUGCGAAAGAUUUUUAAAAGUUCCUGUUUUCUAUUGAAAUAUAAUGUUUGUAACGAACUGUAGUGUUUGUAGUGAAAAUGGUAGUUUGUGAGUUGGACAAAGAAGUUUCAGGAGAGAUAUUAGGCUUGAAGUUACCAACAUGGCAGGCACUGUUUUUACACCGUGUCUUGCCGUCGUGUGGAGGGCUUAUUGUUUACUUGACAGUUGUUUGUUACGAUAUAACACUUAUUUAUGAACAUUUUCGAAAUGGUGAUAACGGACUUGCAGUGUUUUGUAUUGUCCUGAUGGUGUUCCCGGCUGUACUCUCUCUUAUCUUUACGUUGGCAUCGCCGCCUCCAGGGCUGCAAACUGAAUUAACAGCUUAUACAGUGACAGUAGAAAAAAAUGAUAUCAAAUGGGUUGUAAUGCAAAUUGUAAAUGCUAUAUUUUUUCCUAUUGCAGCUAUUGGUAGAUACUGUUACCAAAUUUUCUGGUGGACGGAGGCUGUGUUCGCAUCGCAUUCAAAUGACAAGGAGCGGACUGAGGAAGCAUUGGCCUUAGCAAGAGCUGCUUCACCACUGGAGCUAUACUUGUUCUUGCAAGCUUUUAUACAUUCCGCACCACACGCGAUUGUCAACAUUUUAGACCUUAUGUGGCGAUUUUCAAACCCAAGUUUCGACAAAGGUUCAUUACAAGCAAUCAGCAUUAUUGUGUCGUGUAUGAGAAUGGCAAGUACCGCUACUUUCUACAGAAGAUUUGAAAGAGAGAAAAUUUGCGGACGCAAAUAUCCAUGGAACGACAAAGAAAAACUAGACAAAUGUGUAAUCGAAAAAGAAGUUGCUGAAUAUAAUGAAGAUAAAGAAUCAGAACAUAUUUACGAAACUAUUAAAAGGCAAUCAAGCGUUUCUGAUAAAUCCAGAAAUAGCAGAAGUGGGGCAAAUGAUGAUUUAAUUCAGUUUUCACCACGAAAUUCUGAGAUGGCAUCUUCCUUUUAUAACGAUAGCGCGUUUGAUUCCGAUUCUAGUUCAAGCUUUUUAGCUCCGACGGAACACCGCAAUAAUGAUAAUCUUGAAAGCGACGAUGAAUACGUUCGUCCAAUCACGAUAAUUGACAGAGUAGCCCCACGACGGCAAACAAAGGAAUAUGUUAUUGAAAAAGUUUACGUACCACCUCCACCAGCAAUGGACGCACCGAGACCGGGUUCACUGGCGCAAUGGGCCGAGAAGUUUGUUGAAAACGCGGAAAAUAUACCAAAUUGGUUGUCAGCACCUCCCAGAAGAAAGCAUUGGGAAAUAGUUCAUUCGGAGCCUGAUAUACCUCGUCGUGUGCCCCGAUCCUUUGUCCGGGGCCUCGAGCCUCAGGACAUGACAGCUGGACUCGUGCAGUAUUUAGGCUGGUACGCCUUCUUCAUUUCACGACUGUUGUCUAUUGCUGCGUUCAUUAAUUUCUUUCCUUUUGUCGCUAUCAUAAUCCUAUUUUCUCACUAUCAAGUAACGUUACUGUUUUUGAUUGUACCCCAGGCGCCUACAGUGAAGCGAGCAUUUUAUGUGUUCCUUGCUUUUAUUUAUUUGUUUUGUUUAAUGGAGUUUAAGAUACGUUUCCGGCACGUAAGAGUGUGGCAUAUGGUGUGGAUCUUAACAUGUACUAUUGAAAACAUCAUUUUCACCGCGUUAUGGGCGACCAUUGACAACUAUCUCGAUAGCUGGUGGAAGAGUUUCGUGGUAUGUGUAGCCUUUGGUAGCAUGUUAAUUAGUUAUAUGUGCCUGCUUGUGUAUUUUGUUUUAUUAAAGCCUAGAGAAGCUAUAGUUUAUUUAAAUAAUAAGAAAAUUGUUCAAGAGUGA